AUGCCUCCACGCGUGCCUCCUGCCGGAGUUUGGGCCCCCGCCGUCACAGCCUUCAAUCAGGAGAAUGACACCAUUGAUAUUGAGACGGCAAAGAAAUACUAUGCCUAUUUGUCGCAAAGUGGCCUGUCUGGCUUGGUUAUUCUGGGAACCAACGCAGAAACGUUUCUGUUGACACGUGAAGAGCGAGCCCAGCUUAUAAAAGCUGCCCGUGAGGCUGUCGGUCCAGAUUAUCCCAUUAUGGCUGGUGUGAGCGGUCAUUCAACAAAACAGGUGCUUGAAUUUAGUCAGGACGCAUACGACGCCGGUGCCAAUUACCUGCUGGUUUUACCUCCAGCAUACUUUGGAAAACAGACCACUCCGGCGGUGAUCAAACGAUUCUUCGCAGAUGUUGCCCGCAAGGCACCGCUACCGGUUGUGCUAUACAACUUCCCCGGAGUGACGAACGGUGUUGAUCUCGACUCAGAGCUCAUAACCAGCAUUGUCAAUGCGUCGGCCGCCGAAUCUUCCACUGGGGUCAGUAACGUCGUGGGUGUAAAGCUGACGUGCGCCCAGGUUGGGAAAAUUACCCGACUCUCCGGCGUGUUUGGACCCGACAAGUUUUCUAUAUUUGGAGGCCAGUCUGAUUUCCUUCUUGGUGGUCUCUCAGUGGGCUCGGCCGGCUGUAUUGCUGCAUUCGCGAACGUCUUCCCCAAGACUAUCUCUCACAUCUACAACCUCUACAAGGAAGGGAAGUACGCAGAGGCUCUGGCAUUGCAUCAGAAGGCCGCUUUGGCCGAGUCUCCCAGUAAGAGUGGCAUCGCUACAACGAAAUAUGCAGUGGCUGUAUACUCAGCCCCCAAGGCAGGAAUUGAGAAAGCAGAGGAAAAGUUUUUGCCCCGGACACCGUACGAGCCGCCCAGUGAAGCUACAAAGCAGCUUGUGCGGAAUGUGAUGGCGGAACUGGCAGCUGUUGAAGCAAGUCUCUGA